CUUCUCCGGAGCCUCGUUCAACGCGUCAAUAUUGCCAGUUUUAUCUUGUACAAGGAGCUCAUCCGCCUCUCGGGUCCUCUUUACAGCCAGUAUCUUCGUAUCGUAAUCAUUAGGGUCCACGGCAUUCAUCCUCUUUAUGAGGUCUGCGUAGUAUGUUUCACCGUACCACUGUACUUGUGGUACCACUGGUUGUGGACCACUGGUACUUGUACUUAUGAGCCCACUGAAGAGUACUCGUGGGAAUAAAUUUAGUCUGAAAGUUGACAUAGAAAGCGGUUUUUUUUUGCCAAAAUUAGUGUGUAAUCCUGGUAGAGAUUCCAUAAGCUUCCAUUCCAUUAGAAAAAAUGGAAAUGUUUGUUUGCAUGUAUCGUUUUUUGAUGUGUAUGAGGUAUGAUUUCUGUAAUAGGAUAUCAUCAUGUAUGACAGAUGUUUAGACAUUAACUUUUAUUACGAUGUAUUUAUUGUAUCGCUAGACACCUGAAGGUUGCACACAAUUCAUCAUGAAGUCUGUUCCAAUGUCGAAUGUAAAAAUGAAAUGGGUGGAUCAUUUGAACAGUGUUUGGGCAGGAGAAAGUUGUGAUAAUGUGUGUACUAGGUAUGGUGUAUUUUUAUUAUAUGAACGCCUAGUGGCAAAUAAAGAGGAUAUGAUUUAACCUACAACAAGUUCAGUGUUAAUCAAAAUCCAGUCCUACCAGAUUUUGAGUGUGAAACGAAUCUCCUUCAGUUGGUGAAUUGGAACAUCAUGUCACAGCUCUUCUUAAUUCACAAUUUGAACUAGCAAGAAGUGUUUGUGCAGAAUCACCAUUUUCAGUUGUCCUGAGGCAAAGGUUAUUAGUUUUAUGGAGAAUAUUUCAUUCCGUAUCGACCAAAUACCAUGACAAGGAGAAG